UUCGCUUUUGGAAGCGGCCAAAGCGGGCGGGGUUUGGAGCGGGGAAAUCCGUUGUGCCACGCAUGCGCAGUGCCGGGUCAGCGGGGCGGGGCUCGGCUUGCGCUCAGCUGACGCCGGAGCCUUGGGUUGAGAGGGUCGGUUAGCGGCGGCCUGUUCGGGCGGAAAGAGGCGGGUCCCCCCCCCCCCCCCCAUGGCGACCACCGUCAGCACUCAGCGGGGCCCGGUGUAUAUUGGUGAGCUUCCUCAGGAUUUCCUACGUAUCACCCCAACACAGCAGCAGCAGCAGAUCCAAUUGGAUGCACAGGCAGCUCAACAGUUACAGUAUGGAGGACCGAUGGGCACAGUAGGCAGACUCAGCAUCACUGUAGUACAGGCAAAACUGGCAAAGAAUUAUGGUAUGACCCGCAUGGAUCCAUACUGUCGGGUACGGCUUGGCUAUGCUGUGUAUGAAACUCCUACAGCACACAAUGGAGCCAAAAACCCACGCUGGAACAAAGUUAUACAGUGCACUGUUCCCCCGGGUGUGGACUCUUUCUAUCUUGAGAUAUUUGAUGAGCGAGCCUUUUCAAUGGAUGACCGCAUCGCCUGGACACACAUUACUAUUCCUGAGUCUCUGAAACAAGGAAAGGUGGAGGAUGAGUGGUAUAGCCUGAGUGGAAGGCAGGGUGAUGACAAAGAAGGAAUGAUUAACCUGGUCAUGUCGUAUACGUCCAUACCAGCUGCCAUGAUGAUGCAGCCGCAGCCAGUGGUCCUGAUGCCCACAGUAUACCAGCAAGGAGUUGGAUAUGUACCUAUUGCAGGGCUUGAGUACUUUGCUCUGGGUAAGUCUUCCGAGAUCUUAUCUCACCCCACAUUACUGUAUCAAGAAUCUUUGCAUGAGCUCAUUGAAAUUGCUUUUUGUUUGUACACAGCAUAUUGUACCACAGAGCAUUGCACUUGGAUGUCACAAUGCAGCAGUUUUAAUACAUCUGUUUUAAGAUAUAAAGGCAUCUUUGCCCUGUUGCAGGUGCUAAUGGUCUUUAGAUGUUUGGUUUUUUUCCUUUUUCUUUCCAGAGAUUUCAGAAAUAAACAGGAUUAGUUAUAGUAGUCUACAGGUAAAAAUUAUUAGUUUUAGGAUUUUUAAACUAAAAUAGCAUGAAAGUAGUAAAGUCAUCAAUACACAAAGGCAAGCUGUGCUGGCAAGAUGUAGAACUAAUUCCAAAGUCCUUGACAGCAUCUGGUUCAAGUAGGCUUGUGGCCUAGUUCAGGUAGCAACUAUUCUUAAUGUCAACGAGCACUAAUUUUGCACUUGUACGUUUUUAUAGACGGAGAGAGGACUUUCCAAACCCCUGCCACUGUAGGGUUUGGGGUUUUUUGUUUUUUUUUUUAACUGUAGGAGUGGAGGAGACUUCAAAAAUUUCUUGGAAGCUCAUGUACUAACAGGUUCUCCAGUGGCACAUUGACAAAGCUUCCUAUCCUUUCUUUCCCUUCCCCACCCCUCUUACCUUACAGUCUCAUGGGUAAACUUUUUCACCACCAUAUGCCUUUUGGAAGCAAUAUUCACUUUGAUUAUUAGUCUUAGCUAAGUCAUCUGAUGCCUAUUUCUGUGUGAGCACUACUCAAGAUAGUUGGGCCUAGAUUCACAAAGGUACUUCAGCAUUGUGAUGCUGAGUGGUGCAGCACCUAACUUUUGGGAGCCUAGAAAAUCACAGGAACACACUGAUUCAGGCACUUAGGCUCCUUAUACACUGAAUGCCGGGGGGGAGGCGCCUUAGACCGCUAUUCACAAAAGCCAGGAUGCUAGACAGGAGGCCAUCCAAACUAGCCAAUGGGAGUUGCCAAUAAGAUGGGUAUGUACUAAGUCCCUCCCCUCUCACUGAGAUAGAUGCCUCAGUUUGGACUGCAGGGGGUGCCUAUCUCUGCUAGCAAUUUUCAGCUGUGAACCCUCUAAAGUUAGGCAUCUCAGGUGUUUUUACAAGAAGGUAGCCAGUGGAGGAGGACCUCUAGCUUGACUGUUAGCCCAGUGGUCAGGGUACUCAUCUGGGAUAUGGGGAAACCCCCCUCUGAUGAAAACUGAUUUGAACAGGGAUCUACCACCUCUCAGGUAAGUGCUCUAACCAGUGAGCUAUGGGAUAUUGUAAUAUGGGGAUCCCUCCGUUUCUUCUGUUGAAGCAGUUCCACUGUGGAUGAAUAAUUAGUUGUUAGAUCAGGGAUUUGGGUUCUGGAUCUGCCACAUCCUGGGUGCGUCCUUUAACUACCAAGCUAUAGAAUCAUUCUCAUGGUUGUGUGUGUCCAUCCCUGUGCUCUUUCUCCCCUCUUCCCACUCCCACUCCUAGUGACUAAUUUAUCCACAGUGGAACCCUAACCACUGGGCUACAAGUUAUGAGGGAGGUCCUCCCCCAGCUGUUCUGUGUAAACUUGCCUGAGGUGCCCAAUCCAGUAGGCUGUCUCUGAGAUGCUUACUAGGCCCUGCGCACAAGUUAGCUGGUUGAAGACCUGUCUUUCCUGGUUUAUGAAUCGUUCUGUUGCUUAGGUGAGAGAGAGGUGCCCAGAGGCAGAAACAUAGGCAUCUAGGGAACUUUUUACUGCGAAAACUUAGACACCGAGUGAGUUUAGGCAUCUAAGGGAUUCAGCAUGAAUUCUGUGAAUCACACUGAAGCCAAAAACUGGGACUUUCGUGCCUAGGCACUUCAGUCUGUGUUUAAGUCUGGAGUUUAGAUGCUGAUGUAUUUUUGUGACUCUAGGCCUCAGCCAUUGGUUUAACAGAUGACUCCUUUUCUCUUGAAUAGUUUGUCAAAGUGAUAUACACUGACAAACCCUUAAUUUUGAACUCUCAAAUAGAUAUUGUGACAUCCUCAAUUUGAACUUAAUAUAAAAAGUCCAGUCCAGUGUCUUCAUGAAAGGCUAGAUUUCUUCUUAAAUAAGUCAAAUGUCAUUUACUAGCAUCCUGAAUUCCAGAUAAAAUGGUGUACAUAAAAUAUAAAACAACUUGAUUGGCUUGGUUCUUAGUUAGCCUUGCCAGAGCACCAGAAUUAUUGUGGGAUUAGAGAAUGUUCAUGUUUUCCAUAGAUGUCAGUUCAUUUUGUAGUGAGUGCCAUAACUGGGUAUGUUGUUGAGACAGAAUGUGAUGUUCUAAAAAUAAAAUCAUGGCCUGUAGUUUUUAGCACCAAAAAUGCUGACACAAGUAAUUCUUUAUACAAAACAAACAUUUUGGGAAAUUUUCAAAGGUAUGAAUGAAUUAGGCAAAAAUGAGUUGGAUGCGAUCGAAAAGCUCCCCCGACUGGUGUUUUCAGAGAACUAUUAAAAUGGUAUAGCCUGCAAGAAACUAUUGUAUGUAGAGUGUCAUAUUUCAUUGUUAGAUAAAAACUUUUGAGGAAAAGAAAUGAACAUAAGGCACUUGACUGAACUAGAAACUAAGAACCAAAAUAUUUGUGUAAUGCACUGUGUACAAUCUGGAUGAAAAUUUUCCCCUUGCUGUUUCCACUGCUGUUCUUAAAUGACCACAAUAUGCUAUGAACUGACUUGCUAUUUUACAUGUUCAUUUUUAUAUUAUUGGAAUGUCAUUGCUUGUGCCAGCAUGUUUCCCACUGUAGUCACACUGAUGCUUUAGAGAACGGACUCUCCACUCUUAAUUUAUAAUACUUUCUAUGUAAUACUGGAAGCAAGAGCAUAAUGGCAGUGUGCAAUUCCAGCUCCUCUGAAAAUGUUUAAUACUGUUAUCUUCUAUCUAUGCUUGUCAGUGCAAAAUGAGCUAUUACACAGUAUAUGUUAAAUGAAGUGGCAUCUUACUGAGUCUUAAUUUUAUAAAAUUGAAGCUACUUAAUGUGUCAAGCAGUUUUAGUUUAAAAAAAACCUCAAUCUUAAAAUUUUAAUUCUUUAACAGGAAGAUUGUCGUGUAAAUGUUGGAUUUUUAUUUAAAAACAGUAUUUAAAUUUUGAAAAACUAUAUAGAGACGAUACAGUAAAUGAGAGAGUAAACUUUCAUCAUGGUAUUAAAAUAUCAUGGUUUAUUUUUAUGGUACUCAGUGUAGUUGUGCUUGGACUAUUUUUGUGCACCAAAUGAAUUUAAAGUGAUAUAAAAUUUUCAAAGCCACUUGUCUGCAGUUUGUGCAAUAAUGAGGGAGAAGAUGGAGUGUUAGAAUUGUUAGGAAAGAAAAAUAAAUUAAACUCUAUAAAGUUGAGAAUACUUAUUCAGUAGAGAUUUUACAAAUGUAUAUGAUUCAAGAGUUAACAUAUCCUGAUGACACAAUAGGAAAGGAAACUCUGGCCUUUGUGAUUUUGUCUGAGAAGACAUACAACUUUAAAUUUAUGGAUAAGAUGAUCUGUUUCUAUUGUUUCUGAAUCACUUUAGAAACUAACUGGAGUGAUACUGCCUUUUCUUUUUUGAGUAAGAUGGUUACUGGCUGUGCUAGUCACCUGAUGCUGAAUCUGUUUUAAAAAUUUUUUUUUAAUGAAUCAUUUAAAACAGUUUUACAAGCUAUCUAGAAACUGGUGUUCUAUUAAAAGACAACUUGUGGUUGAAAAUUAGGGUUUUGAGGUCAUUUUCACCCCCAACUACUUUUUUGACAGUGAUAGUCAGAGGCCAAAUUAUUUUGAUUGGUUGGAUUGCUUUACCCAUAUUUGUGUUAUCUUGUGCUAUAUGGAAGCCAUUUUCACUGAUGAAGGCUUUAGACAUGUAUACUUAGUUUUUGAUGUUUGUCAGUUCUCAGUCGAGCUUAUUUAGGCGGGGGAAGAUGCCUGAUGGGUAAGGCCCUUCAUUUUUGUAUUUUACUGAUUUAUUUUUCAUCCAAAUUUUGGACCAUUCAAGUACAUGAAAAUGCACAUUCUGUUAAGACUCCAAUAUAUUACGUUAGGUAGAUCUGUUUGUUAACAAUAAAUUAGUCAAUGUAAAUGUGAGGCUGUCUGUUAAAGUAAGGCAAUGUAGUAGAAGAUACACAUGCGUGUGCAUAUGUGUAUGUACUGUUAAUAUACAGUUCAUGAAAUAAGUCACAGCAUUAAAUAGCUUUUACUUUCAGUUCUCUUAGUUAUCUCUAUUGGUUUUUUUCCCUUUCUUCCUGUCCCCCAGUAUUAACCUGGACUUUUAUCCAGAAGACUGUGAAGUAAAGUUUUUGCACCAAUUUUUCACCUGUUUUUUGAAUUUUUGUAAUAAACACAGAUAUAUUCCUGGAUGGGGGAACUCUUCCCCCCGCCCCCCCCCCCCCAAAAAAAGGCCUUUGUGAUGGGUUACUUAAGAUAGAUGAGUUUAAAAUUGCUUUCGUACGUCUUUGAAAAAGGAAGGCAGUGGAACAAAACACCUUUUUAAAUCACUGAAAAAGGAGGAAUGGUUGGAAUUGGAACUCUUUUUGUGGUGCAUUGGAAAAUGUGGGUUCACUAACUGAACAAGAUUCUUGUUUAACUCGUGCAUGUCUUAGGUUUUUUAUGGAAAGCAGGAGGACUUACAUUUUAUUAAGGUAUGGCCAUAUUCAUGGAGCAAUGUAGUCUUAGUCAACAAAUCUUCUAUGGAAAGAGAAGAAGUGGGAAGCAAAAUGCUAACUGAAAGAUGUAGUUCCUGAAAAGUUUGUGCAGAUGGCUGGCUUGCUUCAGGGUUGUGAUGUAGAGACAAGUUUUUGGUGGAGUUCAUUUUUGGUAAAUUCUCUUACAUAUCUGAAGGCCUGUGCCAUCUGAAGAGACCCUCAUUCACUUGCUUUUAUUAUAUUUCAGUCUUUGAAAAUCUACAAAAAUUCUUAAUGGUAAAAUGUCAGGUCUUUAUCAUCAGUAAGGUCAAAGAUGAUGACCUUUAAGUAAGGAAAACUUUUACUGGCUUUUAUCAGCAUUCCCAACAUAAGAGAGGCCAUACUGAGUCAGACCAAUGGUCCAUCUAGCCCAGUAUCCUGUCUUCUGACAGUGACCAAUGCCAGGUGCUUCAGAGGGAAUGAACAGAACAGGGUAGUCAUCAAGUGAUCCAUCCUCUGUUGUCCAGUCCCAGCAUCUGGCAGUCUGAGGCUUAGGGACACGCAGAGCAUGUGGCUGCAUUCAUGGCCAUCUUGGCAAAUGCCAUUGUUGGACCUAUCCUUCAGGAACUUUUUUAGUUUUUUUUAAUUCAGUUAUAGUUUUGGCAUGCACAACAUCCCCUGGCAAUGAGUUCCACAGAUUAACUGCGCAUUAUGUGAAGUAUUGCCUUUUGUUUGUUUAAACCUGCUGCCUAUUAAUUUCUUUGGGUGACCCUUGAUUCUUGUCUUGUGGUAUUCACUUUCUCCACACCAUUCAUGAUUUUAUAGACCUCUAUCAUUUCCUCCCUUAGUCAUCUUUUUACCAAGCUGAAUAGUCUCAGUCUGUUUUAAUCUCACCUCAUGUGGAAUCCGUUCCACACCUUUAAUUUUUGUUGACCUUCUCUGUACCUUUCCCAUUUCUGUAGGUCUCUUUUGAGAUCGGGCGACAGAACUGCAUGCACUAUUUAUGGUGUGGGCAUACCAUAGAUUUAUAGAGUGUCGUUAUGAUAUUUUCUGUUUUAUUAUCUAUCUCGGGGCGAGCAAACUUUUUGGCCUGAGGGUCACAUUGGGUUUCCGAAAUUGUAUGGUGGGCCGAUUAGGGGAGUCUGUGCCUCCCCAAACAGCCAGGCGUGCCCCGGCUGCUGCCCCCUAUCUGACCCCCCCACUGCUUGUUGCCCCUUGAUGGUCCUCCUGGGACUCCUGCCCUAUCCGCGCCACCACGUAGAACAGAGCACUGGGUCAGGCCACGGCUCUGCAGCUGCGCUGCCCGUCAAUAGCUCGCAGCCCCGGUGGCACAGUGAGCUGAGGCUGCAGGGGAGGGGGAACAACAGGGGAAGGGCCCGGGGCUAACCUUCUGGGCCAGGAGCUAUGGGACCGGGCAGGAGGGUCCCGCGGGCCAGAUGUGGCCUGCGGGCCGUAGUUUGCCCAUCUCUGAUCUCUUUCCUAAUGGUUCCUAACUUUAACUUUUUUGACUGUCAUUGCACAUUGAGCAGAUGUUUUCAGAGAGCUAUCCAUGAUGAUUCCAAAAUCUUUCUUAGCUGAAUUUAGACCCCAUCAUUUUGUAUGUAUAGUUAGGACUAUAUUUUCCAACUUGCCUUCCAACAUAGAAUUUCAUCUGCCAUUUUGUUGCCUAGUCCCCCAGUAUUGUGAGAUCCAUUUGUAACUCUUCACAGACUGCUUUGAACUUAACUAUCUUGAAUAAUUUUUUAUUGUCUGCAAACUUCGCCAUCUCACUGUUCACCCCUCUUUUCAGAUGGUACAUGGAUAUGUUGAACAGCACUGUCAUAGUACAGAUCUCUGGGAUACACCGUUAUUUUCCUCUCUCCCUUCUGAAAACUGACCAUUUAUUCCUACCCUUUGUUUCCUGUCUUUUAACCAGUUACUGAUUCAUGAGAGGAACUUUUCUCUUAUCCCAUGACAGCUUACUUUGCUUAAGAGCCUUUGGUGAGGGACCUUGUCAAAGGCUUUCUGACAGUCUAAGUACACUAUAUCCACUGCAUCACUCUUCCACAUCCUUGUUUGACCCUUUCAAACAAAUAAUAAAUUGGUGAGGUAUGAUUUCCCUUUACAAAAGCUAUGUUGACUCUUCCCCCAACAAAUCAUGUUUAUCUAUGCAGCUGAUAAGUCUUUUCUUUGCUAUAUUUUCAACCAAUAUGCCUGGUACCGAAGUUAGGCUUACUGGCCUGUAACUGCCAGGAUUGCCUCUGGAGCCUUUAAAAAAAAAAAAAAUUGGAGUCAUGUCAGCUAUCGUCCAGUCAUCUGGUACAGAAGCUGAUUUAAGUUAAAGGUUUACAUACCAAAGUUAGUCGGUCUGCAGUUUCUUAUUUGAAUUCUUUCAGAACUCUUGGGUGAAUACAAGCUGUUCCUGGUGACUUAUUACUGUUAGUUUUAUUACUUUGUUCAAAGACUUCUUGUAUUGACACCUCAGUCUGGGCUAGUUCUUCAGAUUUGUCACCUAAAAACAAUGGCUCAGAUGUGGGAAUCUCCUGGGCUCUCACCCUAAGCAGUGAAGACUGAUGCAAAUAAUUCAUUUAGUGUCUUCGCAAUGGUAUUGUUUUCCUUGAGAGCUCCUGUAGCACCUUGAUUGACCAGUGGGCCCACCAACUGUAUGGCAGACUUCUGGUGUACUUAAAAAUGUGUUUGCUGCGUUUAUUUUGUCUUUUGCUAGUUGCUCUUCAAAUUCUUUUUUGGCCUGUCUAAUUAUACUUGAUUUGCCAGAGUUUGUUCCUUUCUAUUUUCCUCAGUGAGAUUUGCCUUCUAAUUUUUAAAAUAUGCCUUUUUGCUUCUAAAUGCUGCUUUUACUCUGGUUAGCCGUGCUGGCCUUUUUUUUGGUUCUCUUCAUAUUUAUUUUAAUUUGAGCCUCUAUUAUGGUGUUUUUAAAAAGUUUCCGUGCAGCUUGAAGGCAUUUCACUCUUGUGACUGUUCCUUUUCAUUUCCGUUUAGCUUCCGCUUUUUUGUGGUGUUCCCCUUUCUGAAGUUAAAUGCUACCGUCGUGGGCUUCUGUGGCAUUUCUCCCCCCACAUGCGUGCACACACACCAGGAUGUUAAAUUUAAUUAUAGUAUGGUUGCUGUUACUGAGCGGUUCAGCUGUAUUCACUUCUUGGACCGCAUCCUGUGCUAAAUCCUGGACUUAAAUCAAGAAUUCUCUCCCCUGGUGGGUUCCAGGUCUAGCUGCUCCAUGAAGCAGUCAUUAAUGGUGUCUAGAAACUUUACUUUCGUAUCCCGUCCUGAGGUGACUUAUACCCAGUCAAUAUGGGGAUAGUUGAAAUCCCCCAUUAUUAUUGAGUUUCUUAUUUUUAUAGCACCUCUGAUCUCCCUGAGCAUUUCACAGUUGCCAUCAAUAUCCUGGUCAGCUGGUCAGUAGUAUAUACCGUCUGCUAUACUCUUUAUUAUUCAAGCAUGGAAUUUCUAACCAUAGAGAUUUUAUAGUAAGUUUGAUUUAUCUAAGAUUUUUACUAUAUUUGACUCUGUAUGCUUUCUUUCUCAAAUAGUGGCAUUCCCCCGCCAGCAUGAGCUGUUCUGUCAUUCCUGUAUAUUUUGUGUCCUGGUGUUAGUGUCUCAUUGAUUGUCGUCAUUCCACCAAGUUUCUGUGAUGCCUAUUAUAUCAAUAUCAUUAUUUAAUACCAGACACUCAAGGUCAUCUAUUUUAGUAUUUAGACUUCUAACAUUUUUGUAUAAGCACUUAUAAAAUUUGUCACUUUUUAGUUGUCUGCCAUCACGUCAUGUAACUGAAUGGGACUUUCUCAUUUGACUGUUUCUCUUCAGUUCCUACUCGUACUUUGUCAACUUCUAUCUUCCCCUCUUUACUAGGCUAUAUAGAAUUCCCAUUAAUAGAUCCUCCCCUGUAGGAUGUCUGUCUGAACCGUGUGCUCCUCCACACCUGUCAGCUUUCCUUCAGCCCUUAGUUUAAAAACUCCUAUGACCUUUUAAUUUUACAUGCCAAUAGUCUAGUUCUGUUUUGGCUAGGUCGAACCUAUCCUUCCUGUAUAGACUCCUCCUUUCCCUAAAGGUUCCCCAGUUCCUAAUGAAUCUAAAACCCUUCUCCCUACACCAUCACAUGAUCCAUGCAUUGAGACCCUGUGGUUCUUCCUGUCUCUGCACAUGGAACUGGAAACAUUUCAGAGAAUGCUACCAGGUAAGUCAGGGGUGGGCAAACCUUUUGGCCUGAGGGCCACAUUGGGG